AUGGCUUCUUUACGUGCCAGCCUUUUGAAUGGUCUCGUUCAUAGCCAUCCACGCGCUCCUUUGGCACCUCGUGCCGUAGCAUCGUUUUCAACGCGGAACGUUCUACACGACAAGGACAACACCCCAGAGAAUAAUUUACCGAACGACAAGAGCAACGCGGGCUACUGGAAGUAUGAUCUUAGCUUCAAGACUCAGAUGAGCAAAGCAGUACUGUUUGCUGUUCUUGCCGGCGCUGGUGCGGUGGAAAGCUGGACUUGGUAUCGGGAAAUCCGGGAAUGGUGGACGGGCGUGCAAGACGACGGGGGAGAAAUAUAG